AAAGCAAAGAAUGAUAUCUUCCACCAGAUUAACUAUGACUAUUUUCACAUUUAAAAACGUUUGAAAUUAUCAAAUAGAACUAUAAAAUUAAAUUUAAUAGCAUAAUUAAUACUUAAGUAAAACGCUAUAACUAGUUGACAUUAUGUUUUGUACAAGAAAUUUUAGACUAUUAAAUCCAUUUUAUUCUAAGUUCUACUCAACUAAUCAUAUGAAGUGGGAUGUAAUGGUUGGUAUUUGUCUUCAACGUAAACCUUUGAUUACUAAACCAUUAAAUGAUAUAGAAAAAAAAUUUCAAAAAAUUUUACAUGAAAUCGAAUACGAAAGAAGUUUAAAAUCAGAUCAUGAACUUCGACAUGAAAAAGAUUUAUUGAGAAUGGAAAAAUUAAAGACAGGUAAAGUUGAUGAUUUAGACAUAGAACAAGCAGUUAAUCAAUCAGCACAAGAUUUUGUAGAUAUAAAUAAAAAUGAAUUAGUCAAAUUUAAGUUUGCAAGUUGUUUAACUGAAGCUGAUAAAGAAAAUGAUUAUAAAUCACUCAAUAGGAAACUUGAACAAAAUUUAAUUUUGAUUUUAAAGCAAAAUUUUGGCUGUGAGGGUAUUUGGAUAUUACCUCAAGGUAAAUGGAAAAGCGGUGAAACAUUAAGGCAAGCAGCAGAGAGAGUUUUGCAAAAUUUAUGUGGAGAAACCAUAAGAGCUAGAUUUUAUGGUAAUGCUCCUUGUGGAUUCUAUAAAUAUAAAUAUCCCAAAGAAAAACAACAACAAUCUAACAUACAAGGUGCAAAAAUAUUUUUCUAUAAAACAGCUCUUUUAGGAGGAAACUUAGAAAACAUAAGUUUACGGGAUGAUUAUGAAUGGGCAACAGAGGAAGAACUCUCAAAAAAAUUUGUACAACCUUAUACAAAAAGUGUAAAAUUAUUUUUAUCAAAUAAUAUGGUGUAACAAAUAUUAUUAAAUUAGAUAUAAAUAUAAUAAGUCAUAAUAAUAAUUAAAUUUAUUCAUUCCUUA